UAGCAAGUUAAUCCAGCUAUGUUUACCCAAGUGAACUAGCUAAGUAACGACGUUACUUACAGUGCCGACUUUCUCUUCAGUAGCUGUGAUCGUCGCCGUGAUGGACAUAUUGACAUAUUAGGCUACUUGUUGUACACUUUCGAUAGCCUAGUUCUACCUAACUAGCUAGCCAGUCAAAGUAGUUGAGGCCAUGUCUAUCAUCUCUGAGCAUGCAUGGAUAAACGGCAGGGUUUUGGGGAUGUCUCAGUCCGACAGCAGAGGGCUGGUGCUGGGGGUCCUGGCAGGGGCAGCAGGCCUGACCCUGGCUGUGGUGUGGUACCAGAGUCGCAGGGCCAGUGCCGGUGGCCGGAUGGUCGCCCAGGAGCUGUACCUGAACAGCAAUGACCGGCACGUGGGAGCCGGCAUGAGCGUGGCUCUGGCCGGGCAGAGGGAAGUUCUGGACCGUCUCGGAGCUCUGAUCCAGUGUGUGUCAGAGCUGAAGGAUGAGGUGCGUGCUCUGAAGACGGCGCUGCCACUCCUGCAGGACCAUGUCCGAGACGAGCUGCAGGGCGGCUCACGGCGGGGGGCAGAGUCACGCAGAGCCACUCCCACCCGGAGGAGGCGGAUCGCGGAGGCUGCCAGGCAUGAGGGACAAAGCUCAGAGGAGGCAGAGAGCGAGGGCGGCUACAUGACGGCCAUGACAGACUCCGAGGAGGACUCCGAGAAGGAGAGAGAGGCCGAGGAGAAAGAGGAGGAAGGCGAGGAGGAGAACCAGGAGGAGCCGGACGAGCUGACCGUCCUGCUGGAGAGAGCAGACGCCCUGCACGCCAUAGAGACGGAGAGGGGCGGUGGACUGGCCCCGCUGCUGGAGAGGAGAGGCCAGGAGCAAAGAGAUAGUGAGCAUAGUAAAGAGCAGAGCAGGGAAGAGGCAGUAGACCAGCAGCAGAUAGCGGACCAGCAGCAGAUAGUGAACCAGCAGAAUAUAGCGGACCAGCAGCAGAUAGUGAACCAGCAGCAGAUAGCGGACCAGCAGCAGAUAGUGAACCAGCAGCAGAUAGCGGACCAGCAGCAGAUAGUGAACCAGCAGCAGAUAGCGGACCAGCAGCAGAUAGCGAACCAGCAGCAGACAGUGGGCCAGCAGCAGAGAGAGGACUCGGCGGCAGAGAUGGGGGAAUGCCAGGUCACUCCGGUGCAGAGGCGAGGCGAGGUGGGCGCCAGUCAGGAUGAGGAGUUUAAAGGUGAUGAGCGUAAUGGUGAGCUGAACAGGGCAGAGGUAGGAGAGCAUCUGAGGGCGCUGCUAGACAGAGCAGACUGCUUGCAUGCAGUAGAGGAAGACCGAGCAGCCGCUCUGGCCCUUCUACUCAGGAGGAGACCAGAGUUUCAACAGAACUACGCGUUCAUGUGGCGGCUGGCACGGGCCUACGCUGAUGCCCACGACAAGGCCCAGAACCGGGAGGAGAAGAAGGACAUGGCCGAGUCAGGGAAGAAAGCAGGAGAGGAAGCAAUCACAUUGAACCCCAACUGUGCUGAGAGCCAUCAGUGGUUUGCCAUAUUGUGUGGACAGUUAUCAGAGUAUGACACUAUCCAGAAUAAAAUCAAAAAUGGCUAUCUGUUUAAGGAUCAUCUGGAUCUAGCCAUCGAGCUGAAACCUGAGGACCCUCUCUCCUAUUACCUGCUGGGCCGAUGGUGUUAUGCCGUUGCACAGUGCACGUGGAUUGAAAGGAAAAUUGCUGCUACUCUUUUUGGAGAGCCUCCCAACGCAACUGUCCAGGACGCCCUGCAGAACUUCCUCAAGGCUGAAGAGAUAUGUCCACAAUACUCAAAAUCCAAUCUCGUCUUCCUGGCAAAGUGUUAUAAGGAUCUGGGCCAGAAAGAACAGGCCAGAGAGGUGUGCAACACAGCAUCCAGCAUUGGCAACACUACUACAGAGGACGAUGAGGCUCAAAAGGAGCUGGACUCCCUUCUCCCCUAUCUGUAGCCACGCGGUUACUGUAUUACACUGAUCACACUGAAGCAGAACUACAUUUUCCUGACUUCGACCUCAGGCUGUUACCAGCUUGACCCGCACGUUGAGGUCAAUGUGAAGAAAAUUGGGAAUAUUUUAAUUUUUUUGUCAGUGUGCUUUGUCAGUUACGUUUUUACUUGGAUUUUGGAAGAACUAUUACCUUGGAUCUUGGAA